AUGACCUUCAUUAAGCAUAGCAAUAACUUGUGCCUUGUCACCCUUCACUUCCCCUCUUCCACCUCUUGCCACUGCCCUGACCAUGUGCCGCCUAGGGAGCUUGACAAGAAAUUUGACAAAAUUUUGAACCUCAAAAAUACCUCAAAUAAUAACCCUACUAACAUCCUUAAUAACCUCUGCACUGGCCUCGAAACCUUCCUCGGCUUCAACUCUGAAUCCAAAGGCUACGAUGGCUCCGGGAUUGUGUACUCCGACUUGGAUAGGCUGUGUGACGGGGUGAUGGGAUUUUUGUAUCAGGUGCUUAAAGAUGUCAGCGAGAAACAGCCUUAUCAAGUAGGUAGAGAAACGUAUUUAAAAAAGGUUCUUGGUGAAAUAAGUGAACAAUUACUUCGAGGAAAUAGCGGAUUUAAUAUUGCGCUUCCCAAGAUACUUAGCAGGAUUGGCAAGUAUAAUGCUGACGUGCAACAGUACAAUGACAGCGUGAAAAAGCCUACAGACACAUUUUUGGUACGCUUAAAAAAUGAUUUCCCAAAGGAAAUUAAGAAAAUUCCAAAUGACAAAAAACUCAAAGAAAUGAGUUCACAUACUGUCGAGAAUGCAGUGGCUCCUACCAGGGAGCUGUCCAGCAAGUAUAUUCAGUAUGGUAACGAUUUUGACAGGGCUCUUCAAAAAGCGAAAAAGGAGAUCAGCAAUCUCAAUUCGCAAUGUAAGAACAAUGUAACAACGGCGCAAAAACAGGUGAAGUAUGUGACUGAGAGGCUUGCGGCUUUGUCGACCAAGGAAGAGAGUGAUUUGAAAGCUGUCGAAAGUGAGAUUACAGAGACACUGAAUUCGCUUAAAGACGGUGUAAAUGUGAGAGUAAGAAGAGAUGUCAGUGAACUCGUUAAGCUUUUAAAAGAUAAGGUAUCGGCGAUUUGGAAAUUGCUGGAGGAAAUUGAUAAGAAGCUCUAUGAGUAUGUCGACGCACUGCAAAAAUGGAUUGAUAAGGCGGAUAAAGAUGUAAAUCAGGCCAUAAGUAAAUCGGACGGAAUCGAACAAAAACUGCCUGGAGGCAAAAAUCGUGAUGAACUCAAUAGAAUUUCAAGCGAGUUAAAAACGAGGAGCGAUGUGAUCUGGAAUUAUGUUGAGGAGAUGAAAAAACAAAUAGCGGAGAAUGUGAAAGCAGCGCUCCAGCAAGUGAAAGACAUGGACGGCAAGCUGAAAGAGGAUUUGAAGAGGGUGAAGGAAGGGAUUAAAGAGGCGAUUAAGCAGUUAGGGAAACGUAUGGUAAAGCAUGUUAAUAAGGAUUUGGGGACGUUGAAAGAGCAGAUUGGUGAGCAAUUGAGUCCAAUAGUGAGGACCUCUAAGGACAUGUUUGCCGAUUUCGGCGCAGUUAAGAAUGCGCUCGAUAAGGCUUUACGGAAUGUUUCGGAAGAUAUUAGAAAACUGGUUAACCUAGAACAACUUGUGGAUAUUAAAAGCCGUUCAAGUAAAACACUCGACGCCCCUUUACUCAAAGCUAUUGCUGGAGAUAAUCCCUUCAAACCACUCAUUAGCUAUUUUGAAAAUUUAAACACUAAGGUUAUGGAUCCAAUAAGAACUGUAAUGACAAGAGUAUGUGAUGGUUUGGGGCGUGGGUUUGCAGCCCAAGGCAACAAUGGAUUACAUGCUACACUUAUAGGCAUUAAAGAACAACUGAAAGGUAUUCAUAAUGUUGUGAAAGGCUCCGUUCCGGAGAUGAAAGACCUGAAGAUGCAACUCACAUCUAUUCUUGGGGAUAAACUCAACGUUGAAAACCUUGACUUAAACUCGAAACCCUCUCAUGCUCAGACAAUUCAGACUGUGGCUGAAAAACUCGAACGCAAGACUGACAAAAUUGAUAAAACAGAAGCAAUUAGUCUGCUCACUGUGCUUUCUGAUAUUGCGAAAACUGUCUCCGCGCACACUCAAAGGAAGUCAUGCAUAAGAUUAAAGAAAAAAAUCCGAGAAGAGAUACAGCACGUGGCUGCUGAAAUAAACAAAAAUGUGAAAGACUGUAGAAGUCUUGUAACACAUCCUGGUGAUAAGGUAUCACUCACUAACACAGAACUUGAUAAGGAAAAUGUCAAAGGCCUAGCAAAAUUGGUGAGUGAUUUUGGAAAUGAAAUAAACGCGAAGCUUACAAAUUUGCAAAGCGAUCUUGAUAAGAAAACUUUUAAGCGGACUAGUAGUUCUGGUGUCGGUGACGAAUACGAGCUUGGCAGGAAUCUCAUGAACGAUUUCAAACAAACUUACGAUGACAACUUCACGGAUGGUGAUUUCAAAACUGAAAAUAAGAAGAGUGUACUCGACGAGGAGAUUGGUAAAACGAUAUUGCCAGGUGGAGCCGACUCCAAUAAAGUUGCUGACUUUGCUGAAAAGAAUUUCUCGGAAUAUAUUAAGAUCGUUACACAAGACAGUGUAGCCGCCGCGGCGAAAGACCCCAAUGCCUUAACAGGCACCCUCCCCGCUGCGAUCAAGAAAAUCCGUGACGACGCCUCUGGGUAUAACGUUACUGUUACCAAAGAAGAUCUCUCAAAAUGGUCGGGCGAAAUCACAUCUAAUCUGAACUUUCUAAUGUCCGAGUUCUCUGAGGCUGGCAAGGUCCUAAAGCAGCAGUUGACUAAGCUGAAGACAUAUAUUGGCAUGAAUCAUAAUAAAAGCGCAGCUGACGAUACGCUUCAGAAAAUUAAGGACAACCUUGAUAGCCUGCGAAGAGUCCAGCUGAAAGAGGCCCGCAAGUUCGCAGAGCAGUUUCUCAUCUACGCCCAGGAAUUAAGUGUAAAGUAUGUCAAACGAAUUCAGGAGCACGUAGCUGAGCAAACAACAUGCGCUAUCACCACGCUAAACACGGAUGCCCGCAAACACUACAUCUCCACCAUCCGCGAACUGCUGACCGAUUAUGCCCAAAAGGUUCAGAGCGAGUUGAGCAAACUGCCUGAAGAGAUUGACGACGACCUGAGAAGAGGCUACAAAGGCUUCGUGAAAAAGAUGGAAACGCAUCUCCUGCCUGGACUCACCAUACCCCCAAACACCCCGCUCAAGGACGCCGCGUCUACCCUCAAGGCCAAGCUCACCGCUUUCAUGGAACAACUGCAACAGCAAGCGGAUUUCAAGAAAUCGUUCGAGACCGUCAAACCGUCCCACACUGCGCUCCUCGAGUUACUUCAGCAGCUUCACGACUCCAAGCACUUCGGCCACCUCGUCCCUCCCAGGGUCAAUGCUCUGCUCGAUAGGCUCGGUGAGCUGUCGCCUAAGAAAUACAAGGAGGAGGCACAACCCAUGCUUGACACGCUGAAGGUAGGGUACGGAGCGUUUGCUGAGGAGCUGUCCAAGGCCUACAUCUCCGUCUACGACGGCGCCCGCAACAUCAACUGGGAUCAAGCAAACAACCCGGAGACCACAUACUGCGCCAAAAUAUUCUUGACCGCAUUUGCCACAAUUCACGAUGCUGUGCACGACUUGAGAAUAAAUUGCAAUAGUCUGAGGGGGCAUCAAAUUCACUCGUCCUCUGAUCUCGGCAGGUUGUUCCUACGGCACGGCUUUAAGGUGUCCGCAGAAAACAAACAGCACUGGGAGCUGCAAAACAAGGGCGUCAUAAACGGUGAAUACGUCGCGAACAGACUUAGCUUUAGGGUCGAAGGUGCGAAAGACAACGAGCAUCUUAAAAAGUGUGAGUCGAAUGAACGCAAGACGAACGUCUUCUUUAAUCUUUUUGAUAUUCUCAAAUGCAUCCUGCAUCACGUCGAUCAGUACAACGCCAUAUGUCACAUCGCUCUCUUCCCCAAACCUAGAACGCCAUGUACCGUUUUCGAAAUGCUGGUGUGGCUUUCAGGUCUCACUUACACUUCCGCGUACCAGGCGCUGCUAUCAGACGGGUUCACCAACGUGCUUGAUAAUCCGGAUACGCCGCUUGCUGGCGACGGAGAGAUCACCGUCUUUGACAUCGAGAAGUCAUACCUAGAGGCGCACCCGCAGAAGAUCACGUAUAAGAACAUAUGCAAGGUACUGGACUACCUUUGUUCGAAAUCGUAUGAUCUGCUCACUACCGUUGUUGGCCACGGCGACGCGGCGACAUUCUACGCUUGCGACUAUUCGAAUAACACGCUGAAUCUGUACUACCCGAGCUCCGGCGAAGAUUGUUUGCAGAUGUUGCUUGACUUCCUGCGCAGAAUUUUGCAGCCGCUCAGAUAUUUGUUUGAACGAUGCAGCGUCGCAGACAAGAACUACGGAUGGGCCGACUGCCACUACGGUAAGGACGUACCUACAACGAAAUCGCACUGCAACAUCAAGCCAACGGACGAAGCAGCGUGCCUACCAAACUGUCAACCAAACUGCGAACCAAAUUGUCAACCAACAUCGCCAUUGAUGAACUACCUCAGUGACUCUCUACUCGGUUAUCUGCCGCACAGAUUGGAGUCUGUUGGAUGCAAAUCUAAAUGCUCCACUUGCCCCUCCACUUCUAGGCUGGGAAUGCCGUGCGUCACACCGCUGGGUUUCAGAGCGUUUUCUGGGUCGACCAAAACAGGCCGUCAGCUAUGUGAGAUGAUUCGCGAAUUCUUAGGUAGUGGCGUGAUUUCAUCCUUGCUCGGCUUGUCACCAACUCCGCCGAAAACGCUGCCAGAGCAUUUCGGUUUCGGGUUAAGCUUGGUUAAUAAGUGGGUCAAAGUUGCAUCUUAUAUUACUGAUGCAGGUAUAAAACCAGUAUCACAAAGUAAGAUUGAAGCAUCUAUUCAGAAACUCUCCAUUAAGCUCUACACUGACACGGGUAAGCUUACCAAUGUACUUCGUGACGCUUAUGGCAACAGUCAGCAUGAGCACGAAGGCGUGAAUCAUCUCGAAGUCUAUGCCGAUGUAUCUAGCCUAUGCAUGACUAGAAGUUGCGAGGACAGUUAUAUGCGCUGCGCUCCAUACCUAUCCACUUUGUGUUCGGACACGUAUCAAUAUCUUGCUCAUAAGAACUUUGCCACGUACCUUACAUGGGCUGUCUACCUGCCGUGGGAUUUCUGGACUCAACUGAACAACUUGUGUAACGCAUUCAAGAACAUUUUCUGCCAAGACUGGGGAUGUCAUACGUGUCUGCGUGCUGAUAAAUGUAAGCGUGGACAGCAUGGCCUCGUUGAGAAGGUGGACAAAACUACGGAAAUCCCGCAUUGCAAGUGUCCAUCGAUGGUUCAGUGCAAGGGUGUGUCCGCAACACUGUACCAGUUCGGUUUCUGUUUUGGUAACGCGGCGACAUUGAAUAGUGAGACAUCGGCUAAGAAGUGUUCUGAUUUCUGCUCUCAGCUGGACAAAGUAUUGAAAUCGGAAUAUUUCAAAAAGCUAUUCACGGAAUGUGACAACUUCAUUUGGACCAUUAGAGAACCGUUCACCUAUCUAGUUCUCGCACUUUGGUCGCUGUCCCUCUUCUACCUCAUCUGCGUGAUGGUUGGCAGACUGGAUGUGCUGCAUAUCAAGUCACACCUGAGGAUACCGUCGUCGCACAAGAUAACGGCGCAGUCAUUGUUGGCUGCAGCGCAAGUCGGAAGGCUUGCCAAGAUAUCGUACCUGCAACCGUAA